AUGGCAGAUACAAAGAGGUUCAUUACGAAAGAAGAGCUUGAAAAGCACAAUAAAGCAGGAGAUCUAUGGAUCUCUAUACAAGGCAAGAUCUACAAUGUCACUUAUUGGGCUAAUGACCACCCUGGAGGUCAGCUUCCACUCUUAAGUCUUGCAGGCCAAGAUGUCACUGAUGCUUUUGUUGCUUACCAUCCAGGCACUGCAUGGCAGUAUCUUGACAAAUUCUUUACUGGGUUUUAUCUCAAAGACUACGCUGUUAGUGAGGCAUCAAAAGAUUAUAGAAAACUCGUUGCUGAGUUCUCAAAAUUGGGUCUUUUUGAGAAAAAAGGACAUGGGGUGUUCAUUUCUCUUUGUUUAAUUGCAGUAUUGUUUUGUUUGAGCGUUUAUGGUGUUUUGUGCUCUGAUAGUAGAUUGUUUCGUUUGGUUUGUGGUGGGUUAAUGGGGUUUUGUUGGAUACAAAGUGGCUGGAUUGGGCAUGAUUCAGGUCAUUAUCAGGUUAUGAGUAGCCCUGGAUUCAAUAAUUUUGUGCAGAUCUUAUCUGGAAAUUGCCUUGCAGGGAUUAGUAUUGGAUGGUGGAAGUGUAACCAUAAUGCGCAUCACAUUGCUUGUAAUAGUCUUGAGUAUGAUCCAGAUCUGCAGCACAUGCCUUUUUUCGUGGUAUCUUCUAAGUUUUUCGGUUCAAUUACUUCUUAUUUUUAUGAUAGGAAGUUGAAUUUCGAUUCAGUUACUAGGUUCUUGGUCAGCUACCAGCAUUGGACAUUUUAUCCUGUGAUGUGUUUGGCGAGGAUUAAUUUGUUUGCUCAAUCUUUCUUGAUUUUGUUAUCUAAGAGAAGAUUGGUGUCUAAUAGGGGCCUGGAGUUUUUGGGUUUAGUUGUGUUCUGGAUUUGGUAUCCUCUGCUUGUUUCUUGCUUGCCCAGUUGGGGAGAGAGAAUCACGUUUGUAGUUGCCAGUUUUAGUGUUACUGGGAUUCAGCAUGUUCAGUUCUGUCUGAAUCAUUUCUCAUCAAGUGUUUAUGUUGGUCCGCCUAGUGGGAAUAAUUGGUUUGAGAAGCAAACUGAGGGAACGUUGAAUAUAUCAUGCUCGUCUUGGAUGGAUUGGUUUCAUGGUGGAUUGCAGUUUCAGAUUGAGCACCAUCUCUUUCCCCGUUUGCCUCGAUGCCAACUGAGAAGAAUCUCACCCUUUGUCAGGGAGCUCUGCAAGAAGCAUAAUUUGCCAUACAAUAUUGCAUCAUUCUCGAAGGCUAAUGCAUUGACCUGGAAGACUCUUCGGACGGCAGCCUUGCAGGCUAGGGAUCUUACCAAUCCCGUCCCUAAGAAUUUAGUGUGGGAAGCUGUUAACACUCAUGGAUGA